UCCCUCCAUUCCUUCCAAUUAAAGUCACGGCAAAGGGACAAACCACGCGUGUUCCGGUAAUCUCGGACUCUAAAAAUAAAAUCACAAAACACGAAGAUCAAAUCAAACCACAAACUAAACCCUGGCGAAGUCCUCUUUUUCUUCGUUCAUGGAUCCCUCCGAAACCUUCUUCUCCAGCACAAACCCCGCGAAAAUCCUCGUCGCUUGAUCCUCCUCUCUCCUCAUAUGAGUUUUGCUCCUAGAUCCUCUCCGGCCCCAAUCCCUCUCCCAAAAUCGCUCUUUUUUCCUCGCAGAUGGAUUAUUACAAGACCCUGGGAUUGAGUAGAAGCGCCACCAAGGAGGAGAUAAAGGGGGCCUUCAGGCGAUCCGCCCUCAAAUUCCACCCGGACAGGCACGCCCAGUCCUCCGAAGAGGUCCGGGACGGAGCCUCCCUUCGAUUUAAGCAGGCAUCCGAGGCGUAUGAGGUCUUGAUUGAUGAUCGGAAGCGCGCCGACUAUGACUGGCGUCGAGGUGGGUCUUUUGAUCGGUGGAGCAGCGGGCAGGCUUCUUCUUCCUCUUACUACCAUGGAGGGCGCCAGUAUGGGUAUGGCGGCGGCGGCGGCGGCUACGGCUACCAUCGCCCUCCGCCGAGGGAUGGUGGGUUGGGAUUUGAUGUGGAAUCCGUGUUUCGGUUUCUAACGAGGCGCGGGUUUCUUGUGAAUAUUGCAUUUGCAAGUGCCAUAUUAGGUGGAGCUAUUUUUAUUGAGAGAAGUGCAGGAGGUCUUUGGAAAUUUAUCAAUUCUGGGAAGGCCUUGUUUGUGCAAGGAAAGCCCAGCCCUUCAUUGCGCUUUUAUCCACUGCUGUAUAGGAAAGCUGACAGUCAUCAAGUUAUGCCUGCAGAAAUCAUUUGAAGAAGCAAUGGAAUCAAUCGAAAGGGCAAAAGUACGAAAGGACAACAAUUGAGGCUGGAAGAUCGCUAGCAGUCAUAAAAAAACAAUUAGCUUAACAGGUUCAUGAAUUCCACUCCUGUAAUUCUUUUGUCUGAUCAUCUCUUUCAGGCUGUUUAUAAAUGUGCAUAUCAGUUUUCACUGAAAUGCAUCAUGGUGUUCUUAAAGUAUAACUUUUUUUUUUUGGGUAUUACAGGGAGUACGUUGUAUUAUGGAGAUAGUGGAUAAACAAAUAACUGUUACAAAUUAUUCAUGUAAAGAUUCAAAUCAUUUGAUCAGUUAAGCUUUAUUAAUUGCUAUAAUGGUGACAUAUUUCAAUGUAAUGAUUAUCCCCGCAAUGGUUAUGAAUAAUCAUAAUCGCUAUUAUGGACCAUCAUGAAGGUAUAUAUUUGAAAGUACUUGUUAUUUUAUUUAAAAUAUUGUUCGGUCCUAAUGGACAUCGUGGGCA